UUUCAGUGCUUAUUCAACAUAUUACUUUUUCUGUAAUCAAUAGAAAUGAAUAAGACGGCAGUAUUUCUUGCAUUGACGUCAAUGACUUUUGAGACUGUCUUUGUGUUCCAGGUUGCUGUGUGGGCGGGUGACGGGGACGCCGUCUUCAUCAGGGAAUACACUCUGAUCCGAAGAGAUCACCUUUCAGAAGAGCCCCUCCCCGGUGGCGGACAGAAGCCAGAGGACCCAAGCUCACGGACGGCGCGAUCGGAGGAAGAUCAGGACACGCUGUGGGACGCCUGGGGCUCAUGGAGCGAGUGCUCCCGUACGUGUGGCGGAGGAGCCUCAUACUCAUUAAGACGAUGCCUGAGCUCCAGAACUUGUGAAGGGCAGAAUAUCAAAUACCGCACAUGCAGUAAUGUGGACUGUCCGCCAGACGUCGGGGACUUUCGUGCUCAGCAGUGUUCAGCUCAUGCAGACGUGCGACACCAGGGUCAGUUCCAUGACUGGCUGCCUGUUUACAAUGACCCAGAAAAUCCUUGUUCGCUCAAGUGCAAAGCUAAAGGCUCGGGCUUUGUGGUGGAGCUGGCACCCAAAGUGCUGGACGGAACGCGCUGUUACACCGAGUCCUUGGACAUGUGCAUCAGCGGAGUCUGCCAGAUCGUUGGCUGUGAUCAUGAACUGGGCAGCACUGCGAAGGAAGAUAACUGCGGCAUCUGCAAUGGAGACGGCUCGUCCUGCAGGCUGGUGCGAGGCCAUUACAAGUCCCAGCAUACUUCAGGGAACACUGAGGACACUGUGGUCGUCGUUCCCUAUCAGAGCCGUCAUGUCCGUCUGGUCCUGAAAGGCCCGGAUCACUUGUAUGUGGAGGGUAAGACUCUACUGGGGGAAAAGACUGAACUGAUGUUGGACCAAUCGGGGCAGUACUACUUGGAGAACACCACCCUGGAUUUUCAGAAGCUUUCAGACAAAGAAAUCCUCCGAAUGACUGGUCCUCUGGGAGCGGACUUCACCGUCAAGAUCCAGCUUACCGGUGUUGCAGACAGUGUGAUCCAGUACAUCUACUAUCAGCCCAUCAUUCACCGCUGGAGGGAAACGGACUUCUUCCCUUGCUCUGUCACGUGUGGUGGAGGUUACCAGCUGACGUCUGCAGAGUGCUAUGACCUACGAACUGGUCGGGUGGUUGUGGACCAGUAUUGCCAUUAUUACCCUGAAAAUGUUAAACCCAAACCCAAACUGCAGGAGUGCAACAUGGAGCCUUGUUUGGACAGUGAUGGGUACAAAGAAAUUAUGCCGUAUGAUCUCUACCACCCCCUGCCUCGCUGGGAGAGCAGCCCCUGGACGGCCUGCUCCACCUCCUGCGGCGGCGGCAUCCAGAGUCGCUCUGUGACGUGUGUGGAGGAAGACAUGCAGGGUAACAUCACCCCCACCGAAGAGUGGAAGUGUCUCUAUUCGCCAAAGACAGCAAUCCUGCAGCCCUGCAACUCUUUCAGCUGUCCAACCUGGGUGGCUCAGGAAUGGUCACCUUGCACAGUGACCUGUGGUCAGGGUCUGCGCUACAGGGUGGUUUUAUGCAUCGAUCACAGAGGGAUCCACGCCGGAGGCUGCAACCCAACCACCAAACCCCACAUCAAGGAGGAGUGUCUGGUUGCAGUGCCGUGCUACAAAUCCAUAGACACACUCCCUAUUGAGGCGAAGCCUGUCUGGCAGAAACAGGCCAUUGAGCUGGAGGAGGAAGUGACUGCGACCGAGGAGCCAACCUUUGUUCCUGGUCCCUGGCAGCCCUGCAGCAGAAAGUGCGGAGCUGGGACCCAGCAGCGGACGGUCAAGUGCCAGGUUUUGCUGUCUUUCUCCCAGACCGUCGCUGACCUGCCCGACGACGAGUGCGAGGGGGAAAAACCCGACUCGGUCCAGCCGUGUUAUCGCAAACCCUGCUCGGGAGAGCUCGGUCACGGGGACAAAAAUGGAGAAGAGGAGGAGCCGCGACGCGGCGGGGACCUGCUCGACUGGGAGUACGAGGGAUUUACCGAGUGCUCAGAGAGCUGCGGAGGAGGUGUGCAGGAAGCUGUGAUCAUUUGCCUGAACAAGCAGACCAGGGAGGCAGCAGACCAAAGCCGGUGUGUGAGCUCCCGUCGGCCCCCUCCGCUCCUCCAGGACUGUAACACCCACCUCUGCCCGCCGAGGUGGGAAGCAGGGCAGUGGAGCUCAUGCUCUACCACGUGUGGUGUUGGUCUGAUGACGCGGACUGUGACCUGCACUCACCGACCCUCUCCGAACAGCAACUACUCUGCGGUUUUAAAAGACGAAAUGUGUCAGAAGCCCAAACCAAGUCCUUUCCAAGCCUGUAACCGCUUUGACUGCCCUCCCACAUGGGACGCACGCGACUGGGGCCAGUGCUCCCAGACUUGUGGUGGUGGAGUCCAGAAAAGACAAGUAUUUUGCAAACAGAGGCUGGCGGACGGCAGUAUCCUCGAGCUUCCUGACAGCUUUUGUCCAUCCAGGGCUCCUGAUAACCAGCGUCCAUGUGGCAGGCAGGAUUGCCCACCUCAGUGGGUCACUGUUGACUGGUCUCAGUGUUCAGUAACCUGUGGAAACGGCAUUCAGACACUGCAAGCCGUCUGCAGGAAGCAGGGAGAAAAUGGACAAUUUAGUAUUGUUAAUUCAAUAAACUGUUCCGUGAUGGCCCGUCCCAUCAGGAUCCGCUCAUGCUUUCUCAGGCACUGUGAAGAUUCCCCGAAGCCUGAUGCCACCAUACUUGGCCAGAGGAAAGUUUACAUCCAGUGGAAGAAGUCCAAGAAGCUGCAGCUGGUUGUCGGUGGUUAUGCAUACCUCAUGCCCUGGACGACGUUGAUCCUCCGCUGCCCAACACGCAACAUCCGUAAGGGCCACAUUCAGUGGCUUAAAGAAGGGAAACCCCUGGUGAAUCGCCCUCAGUUUUCCAUCAAAUCCCAAGGAUUUCUGAAGAUUCAGCAGGUCCAUCCAACUGAUGCUGGGAUCUACACGUGCACCGCAGGCUCUGCACGAGAACAUUUUGUCCUACACAUCCUCGGCAGCAAGAAAAAGCUUGCAGUUCCGGAGUCAUGGUUGAAUAAAAGUGGGCAACACAAGACUAUGCGUCCAGGUAUAACCUCAACUAGAGGCACAAUGCAGGAGCUCCCCAUACCCCUCAAUAAAUAUGACAGCCUUGUAGAGCGCAUGCUGGAGCUUAAAGGUUAUUACCACAAUAAAAAAUACCUUGCUGACAAACCUUACUCAAGUGAAAAGAACAAGUUGACUCUGGAGAAUGACAGGACUAACGCUGAUUCUCCGAUUCCGACUAUGCUUGUUACCGACAGCACCAAGUUAGAUGAGCUCAUGCGCAACCUCUCUGAAGGCUUUGGAGAACAACCAGGGGAACAUUUUAUCAUGCAGUUCCUUAGUGAAAUUGCAACGACGCAAGGAGACGCCAACGAAUCUACCGUUCACCUGCCAGAUGGUGCAGAAUCCUCCACAAACGGACCAAUCCUUUACAAGCCAAACCUCAAAACCCACAUUUCAAGAGCUGGGAGUCCAGAGUUUAUACAACAGCCUAAAAAGACGACUGUGUCGCCUCAGUCUGAGGUGGUUUUUCAUGUUGGGACACCGGUUUUCUUGCAGAAACCAGUUGCCUCUUUGGAGUUGAGGUGUCACACUGUCGGGAACCCUCAACCAUCUCUCAUGUGGACAAGAAAUGGAAAUCAGUUGCACUUUGAUAGCAGAGUUGGCCUUUCAGCCUCUGGCUCACUGAGGAUCCAGUCUCCAGGUAAAGAAGACGAGGGUCUAUACACAUGUACUGCCAGAAAUCGUCAUGGAAGUACAUCUUUGUCAUCUUGGCUGCGGAUUACAAGUAGCAAAGAAAGAAGCUGUUUCAGUGGCAACAACACUGACCAACCUUGUGUUGAGAGGACAAACAGCAGCCAGUCAGGCGGCCUUUGCAGAGGACAAGGCUGCCCCCUCAGCUUGGCUAGAUGGGGAGUGGAAACAUGGGCGCCGUGCUCUGCCUCCUGCGGUGGGGGAUCGCAGACUAGACGUGUUCGUUGCAUGAUGGGUCCCGAGGGCCGUUUAAGAGAAGUACAAACCAGGCAGUGCCUUGGAAAAGGGAAGAAACCAUCCAGUAGCAGGUUAUGCAACAUUUUGCCCUGUGCCAGAUGGAUCACAAGUUCCUGGGGACUAUGUCACGGCCGGUGUGUGGGUCCCAGUUUGGCUACGCAGCAUCGGCACGCUCACUGCAAAGAUACAAACGGUACCAAAGUUUCCUACAGGAUGUGUCAAGGUUUCAGGAGGCCCAGCUCGGUGAGAAACUGCUCCACAGAUGCGUGCUUCCUUUACUGGUACGUGGGGCCGUGGACACAGUGCACAGCCUCCUGCGGCCGACACGGUUUCCAGUCCCGUCAGGUGACCUGCAGACACCGUCGAACGGGCAGGACGACGCGGGAUCACCACUGCAUGUGGAGACCUCGGCCUUCCAGCUGGCAGCGCUGCAACAUGCUGUCUUGUGGCAGAGAGGAGUGCCGUGACAGCACGAGGUACUGCGAGAGGGUCCGCCAGCUGGAGCUCUGCCCGCUGCAGCAAUUCAAGAGCCGCUGCUGCCACUCCUGCAGGAAAACCUGAGGGACGCGGGGG